AUGGAUAAGCUCGUUGCCCAAUACUCGCGCCCUCCCCAUCAGAAUGAGUUGUACUCCGAGCAAGAGCAGGAGGACUUCUCUGCCAGCGUCCCUCCCCUCUCGCUGAAGUUCUGCCUUCCUCCUGUUGACAACCGCUCUGCUUUUCUGCGUGCUAUGACCGAUGACCACUCCAAUCCCAGCUGUCCUAUCAAGAUCGCCCACGGCACAACAACCCUGGCUUUCCGUUUCCAGGGCGGUAUCAUUGUGUGUACCGAUUCUCGAGCAACAGCCGGCAACUGGAUUGCCAGUCAGACAGUCAAGAAGGUCAUUCCUGUAUCGCGGUUGAGUCGGGGAGAGGACAAGAAGUCGGACCAGCCGACGCCAGGUCUGCUGGGAACUAUGGCCGGUGGUGCUGCUGUAAGUCUGGAUCAGAAGAGUUGGAGACAGGAGACGGAUUGUCAAUAUUGGCUGCGCUAUUUGAGUCAGCAGUGCACAUUGCACGAAAUCCGACACAAGCGCCGUAUCACUGUUGCGGCUGCAUCCAAGAUUCUUGCCAACCUCACUUACGCCUACAAGGGAUACGGACUUAGCAUGGGAACUAUGUUAGCAGGAAUGACUCCUCAAGAAGGACCUGCGCUGUACUACAUCGACUCCGAUGGAACCCGUCUUCCGGGUAACCUGUUCUGUGUUGGAUCCGGUCAGACUUUCGCUUAUGGUGUGCUGGACGCGGAGUACAAGUACGAUCUGACAGAGGAGGAAGCAUUGAACCUCGGUCGCCGAGCCAUUUUGGCUGCCAUGCACCGUGAUGCCUACUCCGGUGGUUUCAUUAACCUGUACCACGUCAAGGAAGAAGGAUGGGUGCACCACGGAUUCGAUGACAUGAACCCGAUCUUCUGGAAGACGAAGCUUGAGAAGGGCGAGUUCUCCAACGUGACGUCUGAGCUUUGA